AUGGCCCAUGAUCACAUAGACUCAAUAGACAGAGGAAUCCCAAGACAUACAAACACCUAUAUACAUUCCGUAAUCAGCCUUCUAAAGCAGUAUGAUAGGCCGCUGACUUUCGAGGAAAUCAAAGACAAGACAAGAAUCGAUCUCCACAAUAACUAUAUGCUCCUCCAGUCUAUCAAGAAAAAUCCGAGGAUUGUUGCAACACACAGUACUUUGAUGUUCAAGCCUUUGUAUUCCAUAAGAGGUGUGGAGGACUUGAGAAAAGUGAUGAGAGAAAUAAAUGGGGAAGAGGGACUGGAAAUGAGCAAGCUCAUGGACUCUCCAGUUAACAUUGCACCUUUUGUGGAAGAGUUGAGGAGGAAUGGAGAGAUAAUUGUGCUCAACGAUAUAGACGGAUCUGAAGUGGUGUUUUGGAAUGACAUGCAUGAGAAGCCUGUUGAUCCGCAGAUAAAAAGCCUAUGGAGCCAGGUUAGAAUAUCUACAUAUCACGAUCUAAUAAGAGAGCUCAACACUGCAGGGCUGAAGAUAGAGAAGGUCGAAAAUGUCAAGAAAAGGCCCACAAUAAAGAUUAAGAAAGACAGGAGGAGCAGAAGGAGAAUCAGAAUAACUAACACGCAUGUAAAAGGGCUUGACCUAAGCGGGGUGCAAGAUGAAAGGUAA